AUCUGCGCAGACCAGGCAGACUAGUCCGGGGGAGUCUUCUGCAGCGGACACAUCCUCAUCCUCAUCGGACACAUCCUCAUCGGACAGGCGCAUUGAGAAGGUUUCAAGACAAUGAUGGAGGUAAUGACCGCUACCCCUUUCUAUUACAUCAAUGCCACAGAUGCUUCUGGAAGAAAUGGCUCUAUGUAUGACGACGACGACGAUGAGUAUGACUAUAAGGACGAGCAUGCUGAGCUGAGACAGUCCCUCAACAUCAUGUCCCUCAUUGUUUACUGUUUGGCCUUUGUCCUUGGUGUGCUCGGGAAUGGAGUGGUUAUCUGGGUGACCGGGUUCAAGAUGAAGAAAACCGUUAACACAGUUUGGUUCCUCAACCUGGCGGUGGCCGACUUCCUCUUCACAGCGUUCCUGCCCCUGAGUGUGACCUACACAGCUAUGGAUUUCCACUGGCCUUUCGGCAAGUUCAUGUGCAAGCUGAACAGCACCAUAAGCUUUCUGAACAUGUUUGCCAGUGUCUACAUUCUGGUGGUGAUCAGUGUGGACAGAUGUGUGUCUGUGGUGUGGCCCGUCUGGGCCCAGAACCACCGGAGUGUACGCAAGGCGUCCUGUGUGAGUCUGGGUGUUUGGGUACUGGCUCUGAUUCUCAGCACUCCAUACUUCAUCUUCAGGGACACUGGGCCGUCAUACAACAAUGACGACAUCAUCAACUGCUUCAACAACUUUGCAUUCUCUGACGACUACGAAACACUGUCUGUGAAUCAGCUGCGACAGUUUCGCCAUCAGGCCAUGACCAUCACCCGCUUCCUCCUGGGAUUUGUUGUUCCCUUCACUGUCAUUGUCUCUUGUUAUGCUGUGAUAAUCCAUCGUCUCAGAAGAAAUCGCACCCUGGCCAGCCAGUCAAGUCGCCCCUUUAAGAUCAUCGCCGCUGUAAUCACCACUUUUUUCCUGUGCUGGGCUCCGUAUCACAUCAUGGCUUUGAUUGAGUUGGUAAAUCACAUGGCUAAUCAUGCAAGUGAAACAUUAGACCAUGUCACCACUAUCGGAGUCCCUAUAGCAACCAGCCUGGCCUUUCUCAACAGUUGCCUGAACCCACUGCUGUAUGUGUUCAUGGGACAAGAUUUCAAGGAUAAAGUCCGCAAAUCCAUCCUGAAUGUUUUGGAGACUGCCUUCCAGGAAGAAAUUUCUCGCUCUUAUACCUACACAAACUCAAUGGUCACCAGUCGGAGCAAAGAAAAGUCUGUCUCUGAUGCCGAGGUGUAAGGUUGAUAUAAACAAAUACUGUAACUGUACAUAGAAAAUGUAACUGUAUAUAACAAAUAACUUAGCUUUUUUUUUCAUUCAAGGAGCCUCAAGGCAAUCUUUAUACAUUAUCUAAAAUAGAAACAUUUCACCUGUUACCGUUUGAUAGAUAGGAGUUUUAUGAUUGGCAACUUCACUGACAGUAUUUAUAAUUUGGUAGAGCAGACAGAUAAUAUUAUACAAUAACUUCUAGAUCCAUUUGUGAUGCAUUCGUGGGAUAAAGUUUUUUGAAAUUAUGGAAAGGCUUAUUUAUGUAGAGCUUUUCAAGGGGAAAAAAGAAUAAAACAGAAAAAGAAAAGCAUGCACGCAUAAAUACACACAUGUUGACAGAUUUUGCCAAAUUGAAUAACCUAUAGAGCAAAAGGCCACAUUUAUCUCUUGAGCAACAAUGGUGCCUCUUCACCACACAGUCCUGUCGUUGGCUGCACUUUGACUCACGGCAGUACCUUCAGUCUGUACCAUACUAGACCUAGUGGAUGGUGUAAUGUGCCAUCUUUUUUGACAAGAGAAACCAGUCAUAAUUUGAAAAUAGUACAUCAGUUUAUGGUUUAAUUUGUGCAACACAAACAAAAAAAUGUUUUUCGUCUGUCACAUACACUCCAGAUGUUGAUUAUUACAGUAUGUACCUGCCUGUAUGUGAUGGCAAAGGACAAAAGCAACAAAACACGCCCCAGUUGUUUAUAGGCCAUGAUUAUAGACUAUAUUAAAGAGGACCUAUUAUGCUUAUUUUCAGGUUCAUACCUGUAUUUUGGGUUUCUACUAGAAUAUGUUUACAUGCUUUAAUGUGCAAAAAACGCUUUCUUUUUCUCAU